ACACCAUAUCUAUAGUCUUCGCUUCACUCGAGUAACAAAGCCUUUUUUUCAUUCAAGCUCACUAUUCUCUGCUCUCUAACUUCCUUUUCUCUAAAAGAAAAAAAAUGUUAGCAAUGGUUACACCUAAAGAACACAUUGAGCAGAUAAGAAAAACAAAGUUCUCAAUAGGAGGAGAACCAAACCCUUUGACUGAGGACCUUCAUCAAGCUGUUAGGAAUUUAUCCGCUGAGCUGUAUACCAAAGAUGUCCAUUUCCUCAUGGAGCUCAUCCAGAAUGCAGAAGACAAUGUGUACUUGGAAGGGGUGGAUCCAUCACUUGAGUUUGUUUUAACCUCCCGAGACAUCACAGCCACAGGAGCUACAGCCACAUUGCUGAUGUUCAAUAAUGAGAAAGGGUUUUCCUCCAAAAACAUAGAAUCCAUUUGCAGUGUUGGACGUUCCACUAAGAAAGGGAACAGGAAACGUGGUUAUAUUGGGGAGAAAGGAAUUGGAUUCAAGAGUGUCUUUCUGAUCACUGCUCAGCCUUACAUAUUCAGCAAUGGCUAUCAGAUACGGUUCAAUGAAGCACCUUGCCCCCACUGCAGUCUUGGGUACAUUGUUCCUGAGUGGGUUGAGGAGAAGCCAACCCUUUCUGACAUUAGAAAGGUAUAUGGAUUGUCUUCUGCACUUCCAACCACGACAAUUGUCCUGCCCCUGAAGCCUGACAAGGUCAAACCUGUGAAGCAGCAGCUCUCUAGUGUUCAUCCUGAAGUUUUGCUAUUCCUUUCAAAGAUUAAGUGUCUUUCUGUCAGGGAGGACAAUGAAGAUCCCAGGCUCAACACUGUAAGUGCAAUAGCUAUUACAAGUGAGACUAAUUUUAUGACAAGGAAGAACAUUGAUGCUGAGUCCUAUACCCUUCGUCUUGCUGCUGAGGAAAAUGGCAACAAGUUUGGAAGGGAAUGCAGCUACUUCAUGUGGAAGCAAAAGUUUCCAGUUCGGCAGGAAAACAAAGUGGAAAGGAGGAUGGAUGUUGAAGAGUUGGUAAUCACAUUGGCUUUUCCAAAUGAAGAGCGUCUCCAUAGAGGGAUGACCUUACCUGGGGUCUAUGCAUUUCUUCCAACAGAGAUGGUGACCAACUUACCCUUCAUAAUUCAAGCGGAUUUUGUUUUAUCGUCAUCAAGGGAAACAAUACUUGUAGACAACAAAUGGAACCAAGGGAUUCUUGAUUGUGUGCCCUCUGCUUUUGUCAAUGCGUUCAUCUCAUUGGUGAAAAUGACAGAGGAUGCUCCAGUAUCAAGUUUGCCUCGGAUGUUCACUUUCUUGCCUGUCAACUGUUCCUCGUAUCAGCAGUUUAAUGCCAUUAGAGAAUCCAUCAGAUUAAAACUGGUUGAUGAAGAUAUUCUUCCAAGUGAUGAGUCAUGCAUGCAGCAGAAAUUUUUUCAUAAACCCAGUGAAGUGGGCAGAAUUAUGCCUGCUUUCUGGGAUAUUGUGGAGAAGGCAAGAAAGGAGGCGGUAGGCUUGCAUAAUCUUUCAUCUCAUGGAACAUAUGUCUUACAUUCUUCAUUUGAUCGUGUUGAGUAUGAUCACAUUCUAAAUUUUUUGGGAGUCGGACCAGUCAAGAAUGGAUGGUAUGCAAAGUGCAUUCAGAGUUCCAAUAUUGUCUUGGGGGUUUCUGAGGGCGUUUAUCUUGACCUUCUUCUCCUCCUUGCUGAGAAUUGGUCGAACAUAUUCCUCAAUACCGACAUCAAGAACAUACCACUUGUCAAAUAUGUGGAUUCUUUUGGAGGUGUGUCUUUGUUCAGUAUCAGUGAAUCCUCACAACAAAAAAAGGCGGUAAUAUGCCUGUCAAAUCAAGUUCGUCAUGUUUCAUGGUUGAUUGAUUGGAAUGCGGAAUUCAGAGGUGUUGCCAACCGUUUUUUUCUUCCCAAAAGCACACAAGAAGCCAUUCGUUCAUGUUUUGAGAAAGAAACAAUUUUGGAAUGGCUUCAAAACCAGGUGAAGGUUGUUCCUGUAAGUGUAUAUGACUAUGCAGCAGCUCUCAUUGGCUAUCUAGGUGGUGAGAGGAAGCUUGUUGUCACCUAUGCUCACUUCUUAUAUCAUUCAUUAUUGAAGGAUUUCAUAUCAGCACCAAAUGUUCGUUAUUUGUGUGGCAUCAUGCCACUUGUAGAUAACUAUGGUAAUGUGACUGCGACCACGAGGAGGAGGGUUCUUGUUCCUGCUAUUGGAAGCAAAUGGGUGAGUUUGAUUGGUUCGAAUCCACUGAAAGCUGAAGGCUAUAUUGAGUUAGGAGAAGACUACUUACGUCCUGGAAAUUUUGUUGGUGAAAUCACACCUGAAAAGAAGCUAUUGAAGUUUCUAGGAUCAAAUGUUGCAGCUUCAGACAUUCCUUCUCUAUCUCCCCCUAAUGCUGCCAUCCCUGCUGUCUCUUCGCCACUCACAAAGGAAAACACUUUCUUGCUGUUGGAUUGGAUUCAGAACAUGAAAAAUAGAGGAACUCUAAUUCCAGAGAAGUUUUUGACAAGCAUAAAAAAUGGAAGCUGGCUGAAAGUCACAAUAAAUGGCUCUUCUAGCUACAAACCACCAUCACAAUCAUUUUUUCAUUCCUCGUCAUGGGGAAGAUUUUUGCAGAAUGGAUUAGUGUUUGUAGAUAUUCCGCUGAUUGAUCAGAGCUUUUAUGGAGACAGAAUAAGUAAGUAUAAGGAGGAGCUAAAAAUAAUUGGAGUCAUGUUUGAAUAUGGAGAAGCAUGUGCAUUUAUUGGGAAGCAUCUCAUGAGACUAGCAUCUUCAUCAACGUUAGGUAGAGACCGUGUCUUCUCCAUUCUUGGUUUCAUUAGAUAUUUGAGAACAAAAUUGCUCCCUCCUGAUGAAUUUAUCUGCAGCAUCAAAGAAGGAAUGUGGCUAAAGACAUCUCAUGACUACAGAUCCCCAGUUGGAGCUGUUUUGUUCGAUGAGGAAUGGAAAACAGCUACACAAAUCUGUGAUGUCCCCUUUAUUGAUCACACAUUCUAUGGCGAUGAAAUCUUUUGCUUCAAAGCAGAGCUUGAGUUGCUUGGUGUUAUAGUUCACUUCAGUGGGAGUUAUCAGCUUGUUAUUGAAAGCUUGAAAUCUUCUUCAUGCUUGACCUCUUUGAAAGCUGAUGCUUUUCUUUUGGCGCUGGAAUGUAUGCGUUAUGCAAAAUCAUCUGAGCGCCUUGUUACGGCACUAAAAAAUGUGAAGUGUUUGAAGACAAAUCUUGGUCACAAACCUCCGUCUGAAUGCUUUCUAUAUGAUCGAGAGUGGGGUUGUCUCCUACAGGUUUUCAAUUGUUUCCCGAUAAUUGAUUGUGCAUACUAUGGAAGUACCAUCUCCUCUUACAAAUGUGAGUUGAGGAGAUUGGGUGCUGUGGUGGAUUUUGGGGCUGCAGUCACAUCUUUUGCUAGCAAAUUCAGGCAACAGGCAUCAUUAUCUUCUAUUACAAAAGAUAAUAUUUUGUCGUUUCUGUCAUGCUAUAGACAAUUUAAGAGAACACUGCAUAAAUUUCCCUCUGACUUGAAGAAUUGCAUCCAUGAAGUAAAGUGGUUGCGGACUCGGCUUGGUGAUUUUAGGUCUCCAAAAGAUUGCAUCCUCUUUGGUCCGAAGUGGGAGUCCAUUUCCACAAUUACUCUCCUUCCUUUUAUUGAUGAUACCGAUAAUUAUUGUGGAAAGGACAUUCACGAGUAUAGAGACGAGUUGAUGAGCAUUGGGGUUGUUGUUGAAUUCGAACAUGGUGUGAAGUUUGUCCCUGGUUGUCUCUGUUUUCCUCGGAGUAGCAGCAUGAUAGCUCCCACAAAUGCACUUUCAUUGCUCAAAUGCUUGAGAAUUUUGUUGAAAGACAAGAAUUACACCUUCUCAGAAGCGUUUUUGAAAAAAGUUUCAGAAAAAUGGUUGAAAACCUAUACUGGUUAUAGGAGUCCAGGUAAGAGCUUAUUGUUCGAUGGGAGAUCAGGCUUAAAGCCAACAGAUGGACCAUUCAUUGAUGAAGGUUUCUAUGGUUCUGAGAUUAGAACCUAUAGAAAAGAGCUCGAUUCAAUAGGAGUUACUGUUGAUGUUGAGAAGGGAAGCACAUUGCUAGCCAGCCACCUUGCUUUCCAUUCUGAUUUUGCCACAAUCAUUCGAAUAUAUAAAUUUUUGGCAGAAGUAGGAUGGGUGCCUGAUAGUGAAGCUACACGGAAAAUCUGGAUCCCUGAUGGAAAUGAAAAUGGAAGGUGGGUCAAACCUGAUGAAUGUGUUCUACAUGACAAAGAUGGUCUCUUUGGUUUGCAGUUGAAUGUUUUGGAGAAACACUAUAAGAACAAACUACCACUGCAGUUUUUCUCUGGUGCAUUUGGUGUCAAAUCAAAUCCUUCACUUGAUGAUUAUUGCAAUCUUUGGAAAGGUUGGGAAACUUCAAGACAGCAAUUGUCACAUGAUGAGUGUUGUGCAUUCUGGAGGUUUGUUGUGGAGCACCAGAGUUCAAAGAACGAGAAAAUUCUUUCUGAAAGAUUGGUAAAGUUGCCCGUGGACUCAGGUUCGGAUGGAAUUAUGUUAUUUGACAAGCAUGAUGUGUUUAUCGCUGAUGACCUUCAGCUUAAGGAUCUUUUUGUCCAGUCCUCUUCUUGUCCGCUAUUUGUCUGGUAUCCUCAGCCAAGCUUGCCUUCUUUGCCUCGAACUAUGCUACUUGAAUUAUACAGAAAAAUUGGGGUUCGCAUGAUCUCCGAGUCUGUACAGACGAAAGAAUUAUCAUUGAAAAAUGACUUGGAACUUAAGCAGGUUAAUCAUAGAGGUGCUAUGAGAAAAGAGCUGGUUCGACUUCUUCUUGGCUUUUUAGCAGGUUCUUCUUUAAAAAUGGAAUCAGACAAAAGGCAUGAAGCUGUUAAGUGCCUCCUCAAUCUCACUGUCCUUGAGACUUCCGAACCGAUUACAGUGGGAUAUACUUUGUUUUUAUCUUCGGGUGAAACCCAAGAAGUUAGAGCAAGUCGAAUGAUACGUUGGGAUAAAGAGAGCUCGAAGAUUUUCAUUCAGAAGAUGGACAAGUCGGCUGGGAAAAAGAAUUUCCUUGAAUGUGCUACUUACUUCGCUGAAGCAAUUGCUGAAGGGGUACUGUGGGAAAAGGAAGAUCAAAUUAGUUCACUCUCUGAACUAAUCAAGCUGGCCUUUCUUCUGAAAUUCAAUGAAGAGGCAGUGGGUUUCUUGAUGAAAUCCAAGAAUUUGCAAGUGUUUGUGGAGGACGAGGAAUUGCUCUCUGCUGCCUUCCCUUCUGAAUAAGGGCAUGGUAUAUAUGAACUAUGAACUACUAGUAUUUGGAAUGUGCAUGUAUGCCUUCUCUUCACCCCACCCCUCGCAUUUUCCCUAUUUUUUCUCUUUCUACCAUGACAAGUGUUUGUCUGGAUUAAAGUAUAGCUUGUGAAGCAUAAGAUGGUGUGUGAUUUUAACAUUGAUAUAACUGUAAGAACUGGUUUGCUAUGACUAUAGGUAUGCUCUGUUUGCUACGACCUGUUUUUCU